CUUACAAGUUCGCUCCACAGUUUUACCAUGCACCAUAUCUUGACUCUGCUGCCACCCGCCUGGGGACAUGCAGUCAGCUAUCUCCACCUUGCCAUCCAAAUGCUCAAGGCAGACCCAACGCUGGUAAUCUCUAUCGUACAGCAUAACCUCGUCGUUGCACAGAUGGAGAAGGAAUUAGCCAGCUGUGCUUACGAUACAUCGCGGCUGAGGAUACUGGGUGUGGGCAAUAAAGAUACCGUGUUCAGCCCAACCGCCAUUGACCAAAUGCUCAAAGAGCUCCUCGGCGGGUGGACUAAUGCUCUUCCUGAGCUGGCCAUCGGAACUCCGCAAUGGCCAAAGCCCCAGAGCAUCCAUUUCGACUUUACCGCAGGCGGAAUGCUUGUGCGGGAAAGUAAAGCAAUCAUGGGCCCGACCUGCAAGAUACUGAUGUGGUUCGCCACGGCCGGUCUCACUCUCAAAGCCCACAUCAACGACUACGACUGGUCGGAGAUUUGCGAAACGAUUUAUGCGGAUGAGAGUCGGCGAGCAGGACGAACGAGGGAGGAAAUUGGCAUUGCCAUCGCCACGGCUUGCAAUGGCUCAGACAAGGUGCAAGGCGUUGUGGUCAGAAACCCUGGUGCACCGGAUAUGUACGACUAUGAACGUGUUUCGCUGGCCGCUGGCGUCCCCCGCAUCAACUUCCUGGUCUUCACUGCGGCCAUGGACAUGGCGAGGCUUGUCGACGGGUAUAUACUCUGUUCUGGCGCGUUCUUCGAGCCCGUCGGCAUUCCCCACCUCCGCGAGUUCUACAAAAACAAGGGCCAGGAAAUCUUUGCCAUCGGCCUCCAGUCGCACGAGAGAUAUUUCACCGAGCAGCCAGAACCGACGCCGAUCUCAAACGAGACGGUUAAAGGCUUCCUUGACGCCGCCUUGAGAAACUACGGCAAAAAUUCUGCACUUUACAUAUCAUUUGGUUCGCUGUUCUUUCCAAUAGCGACACCGAAGCACGUCGAGGGCCUCAUUGAUACUCUACUUUCCUUGGACCAACCGUUCCCCUUCAUCUUCGCAUUGGGCGGAGCCAUGGCAUCCCUUCCCGCCGAAACAAUCGAACGCGUGAAUUCCAGCGGCAAGGGUCUUAUCUGCGCCUUCUGGGUCGAGCAAAGGGCCAUUCUGCAGCACGAGGCGGUCGGGUGGUUUUUGACACAUGGCGGCUUCAACUCAAUCACAGAGUCGCUGCUGCUAGGGCUGCCGUCCAUUGUCUGGCCAGCGGGUGCCGAGCAGCCCGUCAACGCAGCCUUCUUAUCCGCCGAACCCAACCCUGUGGCCAUCGAGCUCCUACAGAUUCGCACUGGUGCCCAAGUGGGACCGUCCCUCCGGCACGGGGACAGUGUCAAGAUUACAGGGACGGUCGAUGAUGCGGUGAAGGAGUUCCGGAGUGUCUUUGCGGAUGCGCGCGGAGAGAAAGGCGAGCGUCUCCGAGAGAAUGCAAAGAUGAUGGCCCAGCGUAUUAGAGAAGGGCGGCGCGGAGAAGCCGCCCGAGAAAUCGAAAGGUUGACCAAGUUCGGCCUCUAA